GUCUGAUUGGAGGACAUUACACCUUGUGUUGGGUCCUGUGUAGUUGUUAAUUCCUUCCUGUUUACAUCAGAGAUGUCGUGUCCCGUUUAUCACGCCGCAGCAGAGUUGAACCCAGUCCUCCUCCCCAUAGACUGGCUCCUGGGUGCCUGGGAGUCAGAUGAGCCUGGAGAGGGCAGCUUUCCUUCCAUAGAACCUUUCCGCUACACAGAGACCCUGCACUUCAGCCAUGUGGGACAACCAAUGAUAAACUUCAUGUUCAAUGCGUUCCAUGCAGAGUCUAAAAAGCCGAUGCACUGGGAGUGUGGCUUCAUUCGAAUGCAGCCAGGAACCAACAGAGUGGCGUUCAUCAUCGCACAAAACUCAGGUCUGAUGGAGAUUGAGGAGGGGGAGCUGACUGGGAAGCAGCUGAACCUGCAGACCCACGCUCUGGCCAGAAUCUCUUUUGCCAAGAAGCCACACGUCAAGCAGAUUUCCAGAGUUUUUCAGCUCAGAUCAGAUGGAAGGCUGGAGCAGACAGUUUCCAUGGCAACAGACAACCAGCCUAUGAUGCAGCACUUGCACGUCAUCUACCGUCGGCCAUCUUGAUUCAUCAUGCAGGCAGGCUUCUCCUGCAUAAAAAUAACUUUCAGGAAUGACAAAAGUUGCUAAAAAAAAGGUUUGGUCAAUAAUUAGAGAUGUGUCAGAUAAAUGUGUAAACCAUUUUAAUAAACGCAUCCUACCCCUCGCUUCCGGGCCCAGGCAAAUAUAACACCUGCCGUACAGCCGCGGCACAAGGAUAGACGACAGGUACGCCAGCAGAGGCAAUUCCCAACCUUACAGACCUAACGAUUAUAGUUUAACACCCCUCGCCGAGCGGAAAGAGGUUAGGAAGCUGGUUCUAUUCACUUUGCUGCAGGUAGCGCGGAAUGGGAGUCGCUAUGUCACAUUAACUCGCCAAACUCUAUCUCACGUGUUUUAUUUGCUUGUUUAUGUAUUUUAACUGUUGUAUUUGGCUUUUAUUGAAUUAUGUUGCAUUUACUGUCAUUUUAGUUUUACUGUGUUUUUAAGGCGCCACGAUGAGGUGAAACAAUAAAGAGCCAUGAUAUCGGUUAAGAACUCUGCGUCAUGUUUGGAUAAGCCGGGGGGCUGUUACAGUAACUGCUGUGCUUCUGGAGUCACCUUUUCGUUUGGUUAGGGUUAGUUUUUCUUUUACUUUCUAUGUAUUUCUUCCUCUGUCCUUGUGGAGUUCAAAUUUGAAUGUCAAUUUCAAUAAAGUCUGUGUAAAACUGUGA